GUUCACCCAAGUACAUCGCAUCUCUUUCACAAACUAGCUUGCCAAGUCAUCUAUCCAGAUUCGCAUUCGCAAUUUAUUGCACGCAUUCCAUUCUAUAUUUAUGUUCUAACAUCACAUGUCUUUCAAACUUGCAAAUCUAAUCACACCACCCCCAUCUCACGAAGAUUUGGCUCCGGUUGUUCGGUGGGGGAGGAGUUAUCAUCGCAAUUAUCAUAAGGAAGCUGCGGCUACAGUAACAAGAGCAAUGCCUAGAGGUGCCAAGUUUCCUGACAUCAGUGACAAGGUUCAGAGAUUUCUGGAUGCUAACAUGGACCAUGUGGCUAAUAGACGUCGUGCUCGCGAAGCGUUUAAGGAUGUUCAGCUCUCUAUUGAUCAUUGCUUGUUCAAGAUGCCUUGUGAAGAAUUAGAGACGGAGGAGUCAUAUAAGGUGAACUCCAGAGGAUUUGAAAUUUUCUCCAAGAGAUGGCUUCCGAAGAAGAGUCCCCUUAAAGCAGUGGUCUGUUUUUGCCAUGGUUAUGGAGAUACUUGCACUUUUUUUUUUGAAGGGAUUGCUAGGAAGCUAGCUUCCUCAGGGUAUGGAGUUUUUGCAAUGGACUAUGUAGGAUUUGGUCUCUCAGAAGGUCUCCAUGGUUUUGUUCCAAGUUUCGAGAAAGUGGUCGAUGAUGUUAUUGAGCACUACAGAAAAGUUAAAGAGAACCCGGAGUUUAGUGCUCUCCCAAGUUUCCUAUUUGGGCAGUCUAUGGGUGGGGCAAUUGCUUUGAAGGUGCACCUAAAGCAACCUAAUGCAUGGAGUGGUGCUGUUCUUAUUGCACCUAUGUGUAAGAUCGCCGAUGACAUGCUUCCUUCAAAGUUUGUGACACGAGUUCUAAUUAGUCUAGCGAAAGUUCUCCCCAAAAAGAAGAUAGUUCCACAAAAGGAUCUAGCUGGAUUGGCUUUCAGAGAUUUGAGAAAGAAAGAUCUGGCUGCGUAUAAUGUUAUAUGUUACAGUGACAAACCACGCGUGGGAACUGCUUUGGAGUUGCUACAGACUACACAACAGCUAGAAAAUCAACUUCAAGAAGUCUCACUGCCACUGUUAAUCCUGCAUGGAAAGGCUGAUAGAGUGACUGAUCCGAUGGUGAGCCAGGUUUUAUAUGAGAAGGCUAGCAGUUCCGACAAGAAACUUAACCUCUAUGAUGACGCAUAUCACUGUCUUCUUGAAGGUGAACCAGAUGAGGACAUUUUCCGCAUUUUUGAAGAUAUUAUUUCUUGGCUCGAUGAGCACAGCAAAAGAUAACUGCUGCUCAAAAGAAUUCCUACUGAAGACUGUACUCGGAAAAGGAAGAUGUGGUUGCUCCAUUUAAUUGAGCUAGGGAGCACAACAUCAAUUUAUACAUUCAUUCUGAAAUAGAAAAUAAAGUAAACAGUCUGGUACCAGAUUAGUCCUUAGUUUAUACCAGUACAUUUUAAGUUCUUGCUCGAGUUUGACUUGUAACUUCUUUUUUUUGGACUUGUGAUUUUUAUUCUUACUGAUUAUAAAGAUUAACUACAGUUAGGAGCUGA